GACCCGGAAGUGUCCAUGCGUUCAAAUGAGACGGAAUGCAACUACAUUUGGGAAGUACAAAAUAUGUUUUUAUGUAUUACGUUACAUCGAUUAAUGUUUUCAAUGUGACUGUUUCACUAGCGUAAACUGGACACGACACGGCCAUAUGAAAAGUAUUGCUUACUUGAGGUAUUGAUCAAUGGGUUUUUGGGCUUCUCUGUGGUUUCCUAGUGGAACUAAGAAGUCAGGGGAACUGUCCUAACACACUUGUCACUUGACAUAGCCUACUCAGUGGGGUCUUUUCUGCUCAUAGUAUAUAAUGUAUGAAGAACAACUAAUAUUCUCACAAAAUGUUUUUUGUUUUUUUUGGAAUGGCUCAUUCAACUCUUUGUUGUGGAACAAAUAGGAGUAAAAUAAUGUUUCCGAGACGGGUCCUAUUUCUGUUACACCAAUUGUUUACAUCCGCUUUGACGAGCACCCUGGCUGAAAGCAGCAAACUAUUAGUCUGCAAUGCAGCAACGUGAAGAGAAACAGUUGGAGGGCGCCGUUGAAUCGCUUACCAGCAGAGUUGCCCAUGUGAAAAAUUCCCUGCAGAGUUUUAUCUACAAGUUGGAGAAUGAAUAUGAACGACUAACAUGGCCUUCUGUGCUGGACAAUUUCGCACUCUUGUCUGGUCAGCUCAACACAAUCAAUAAGCUUUUGAAAAAUGACAAGACCCCAUCAUUUCGGAACCAGGUCAUUAUACCCCUUCUACUGUCUCCAGACCGAGACGAGGACCUCGCUAAACUGACAGAGCAGCGUGUGCCCGUGUUCAGUCAUGAGAUCGUGCCAGACCAUCUUAGAACCAAACCAGACCCUGACGUAGAGGAGCAAGAGAAACAGCUCAAUGCUGAGGCUGUCCGAAUUGGACCAGAUGCUGCACAGAAACAGAUCCAGACACUGAACAAACUUUGUUCAAAUUUACUGGAGAAGUUGAACAAUCCAAGAGAAGAUCGUGAUUCAGAGAAUGCAGCUCUGCGGCAGAACAAGCCGUCUUUCAACCCUGCGGACACCACUGCACUGGUAGCAGCAGUGGGCUUCGGGAAGAACCUGUCCAAAUGUAGACCUCCUGGACCUGUGGCCCCUGGACACCCAGGACAGGGGAACAUGAUGAGCGGCGGUCCAACCCUCCAGCAGGUCACUAUUGGCGGAGCCUCUGGCCACCAGGGAAACAUUGGGGGACCAGUGGCUUCCCAGCAGACUGGACAGCCUGGGAAAAUGCCAAGCAGCAUUAAGACGAAUAUCAAGUCUGCCUCAGCUUCAAUGCACCCAUACAACAGAUGAGAUUCACAACUUAAUGCCUUGGUGGGUGGAUGAUAGGACUGUGUUUGCUUCAUCAGAGUUGUUGUUGUUGUUACUUUGUAUCAUUCUUUGUCAUUUCUGAAUAAAUCAUUAUUGUUCUUUGAAAAAA